GCGCAGUGCCGCGAGCUCCUACAUCCACAAUGCCGAAAUUCACGCCCCGCCAGCGCAAGCACAAAGUCAUUGCGCGGCAGAACCAAAACGCCGCCCACGAUGAGUCCUCCGCCGACGCCAACGCGACCGAGAUCAUCCCCGAAGAGCAGCGCCUACGCGCGGAGAAGAAAGCUGCGCUGAAGAAUGAGCUCGUCGCCGAGAGCAAAGGCAAAAUGUCGGGCAAGAAGAAGAAGCGGCUGGACAAAUACAUCGACACGAAAUUGAAGAAGGAGGAGAAUUUGGUGCUGUUGAAGAAGUUAGCGAGCACGAAGAUGGACACGAGUGGGCUGAGGAGCACGAAAAAUAUGGGAAAGAAUGUGCAGAAGAAGAGGGAGAGGGUGGCCGAGGGGCCCGAGGAGUUCCAUUCGGAGGAGGGCGAGGGGUCUGAGGAUGAGGAGGUGAGGGAACGGCCGAGGGCUGGGAAGGAGAAGGCGAUUGUGCCAACGAAAGCAUCUUUCGAGACACAAAAAGCGCAGACUGCGCCAAGCGCUGAGGCCAAGCCUGUGGGCAGUGGUGGCCUUUUUGGAGCUGGUCUGAAGAGGCCGCUAGAAGUGGACGAGAGUGGGAAGCCGGUCAUACAAGUUAGAAAGAGGAGGAAGGGAACAGCAAAGCCGGUUGUCAUCGAAGAGGAGGUCCCUUGGGAGGGCUUCAAUUCGGAUGAAGACGAGAACGAAGACGAGUCUGACUCCGAGCCUGGAUCAGCUUCCGAAGAAUCGGAGGGCUCUGAGGAUGGAGGGUCCGACUCAGCGAGCAACGACUCUGAGGAGGGCUCAGAAGACGAGAGCAGCAGCGACACAAGCGAAGACGAAGACGACAAGUCCGCGCGAAAAGAGCGCUCAAAUGCAUUCAAAGCCUGGGCGACAGCGCAACGAAACGAAGCGAUUGGGUUCGUACCUACGAACAAUCUCACGUACGCAGUCCCGCCGAAGCCGAAAAACUUCACUCCCCGCGCACCGGAAUCAGACCCUCUGCCUCCCGAACUAGAAACGAAGACCGCGACGGACGCGACACGGAAAGCAUACAGCGUCGCGGUGGAGCGAACGCCCGAGAUCCAAGAGGCACGAUUACAACUCCCAGUUGUAGCUGAGGAACAGAAGAUUAUGGAGGCGAUACACAACAACGACGUGGUCGUGGUCUGGGGUGCCACAGGUAGUGGUAAGACCACGCAGGUACCGCAGUUCUUGUACGAGGCUGGUUACGGCGCGCUAGAUGGGCCAACACCAGGCAUGAUCGGAGUCACGCAGCCGAGACGAGUCGCUGCCGUGAGCAUGUCCAAACGUGUGGGUGAUGAGCUCGGCAGCGAAAAGGCGAAAGUUGCGUACCAGAUUCGUUUCGACACUUCAACAAACGCAAAGACGGCGGUCAAAUUCAUGACGGAUGGUGUGCUGUUGCGUGAAAUAUCGCAGGACUUCAUCCUGACCAAGUACUCUGCAAUCGUCAUCGACGAGGCGCACGAGCGUAGUGUAAACACAGACAUCUUGAUCGGCAUGCUCAGCAGAAUCGUCGAUUUGCGGGCGGAUCUCGCGAAGAAAGACUCCAAGAAGAACAAACCGCUUAAGCUUAUCAUCAUGUCUGCUACGCUGAGGAUAUCAGACUUCACCGACAACACGCGGUUGUUCAGGCAAGGACCACCACCACUACUGAAAGCCGAAGGGCGACAGUUUGAGGUCACGAAUCACUUUGCUCGAAAGACGCAGAGAGACUACGUCGAGGAAAUGUUCCGAAAGGUCUGCCGCGGACAUCGAAAGCUUCCACGUGGAGGCAUGCUCGUGUUUUUGACUGGCCAGAAUGAGAUCACACAUCUAGCGAAACGGUUACGACAGACUUUCACAUCUACCCAGGGAAAGGAAGUCACAACCGGAAAGGUGCAGAUCUCACCGGAGCAGACCUCCCUGGAAACCGAGGACAUUGAGCUGGGCACCAACAAAAAAGACUACGAAGACGACGAUGGGUCAGAUUCCGAUGACUCUAUUAUCACAGGUCUUGAUGAUGACGAAGAGAAAGACGAAUUCGAAGAUAAGGGUGGCUUUAACAUAGAAGGCGAACCUGAACCAGAGGAGUUGAAGAUCCACGUUCUGCCCCUCUAUUCUCAGCUGCCUACCAAUCAACAAAUGCGAGUCUUUGAUGAGCCUCCCGAAGGGUCUCGUCUCAUCGUAUUGGCAACUAAUGUUGCUGAGACCAGUCUGACUAUUCCUGGCAUUCGUUACGUGUUUGACUGCGGAAGAGCAAAGGAGAAGAAGUACGAUCUCACGACUGGCGUCCAGACCUUUGAAGUCGGUUGGAUCAGUAAAGCAAGUGCGAACCAGAGAGCUGGUCGUGCCGGUCGUACUGGACCAGGCCAUUGUUACCGCCUCUACUCUUCUGCUGUCUUUGAGCGCGACUUCGACGAGUACGCCGAGCCGGAAAUUAUGCGAACACCACUCGAAGGUGUGGUUCUCCAGCUCAAGAGCAUGGGCGCUCCUGUACUGGGCUUUCCCUUCCCAACUCCACCCGAUCGCAUCCAUUUGCAGAAAGCAGAGAACCUCCUCUUGUACCUCGGCGCUGUAUCACUUGACGGCAAGGUAACGAAGCUAGGCCACGAGCUAUCUUUGUACCCUCUCAACCCACGAUUCGCACGGAUACUGGUCAUGGGUGUAGCCCAGAACCUCACUGCCCAAACGAUCGCCCUCGUAGCCGCCCUUUCUGUCCCAGAACUCAUCACGCCUGAAAACAAACUCGGUCUACGUGAGCCUCCUCCUGCAGAUCCCUCGCACAUUCGCACCGAGCAAGACAACGUAGAGGCGGAAGAACGGUCUCGGCUGAGAAAAGCGUAUAACAAAGCGCUAGCGAAACUUGCGGUCAACGCUAAGUACAGCGACUGUAUCAAGCUCAAUAACGCCGUCUGCGCGUAUGCUUAUGAGUCUGACGGCGAUGCGUUCUGUGAGGACAUGUUUCUCAAUGCUAAGGGCAUGCGAGAAGCGGGCCAGUUGAGGCAGCAACUCACCUCUAUAGUCCGCGCACACCGACCGACAGCACUCUCCGCAUACCAAGCGAAGCUUCCCGCCCCUACCAGUUCAGAGAUCAACGUCUUAGCGCAGAUCUGCGCCGCCGGAUUCAUAGACCAAAUCGCGCUCCGCGCAGACCUCGCGCCUAUCCCACCCGAACUCCCCCGGAAACCCAAAACCGCCAUCGACGUCCCUUAUCUCACGCUCUUCUCCUCGACCUCCCAAAGAGCCAGCAAAGACGAUCCCGUCCGCCAAUACGUCUACAUACAUCCCUCCUCCCUUCUCGCGCGCACGCCGCCCGCCAAACUCCCCGCCUACAUCAUCUACUCGCAUCUCCAGCGCGCGGCGCCGUCCACCAUCGACGCUGUCGCGACGCCCAAGACGCGCAUGCAUCCUCUGACGCCUGUGACGCGUCCGCAGAUUAUCAAUAUCGCGCUGAACACGCCACUGCUGCAGGUGGGCAAGCCGAAGGGCAAGAUUGUAGAGAUGGGCAGGGAGGGCGGUGUGGAGAGGCGGGAGUGCGAGGUUGAGAUGGCGUUGCAGGGGGACAAGGGGAGUCAGGGGUGGGGGUUGGGUGUCAAGAGGGUGGUGCAGAAGAGGGAUGGGGUGACGAAGGUUUGGAGUGUGGAGAGGGUAAUUGGAUAG